UCUGGGGAAGGGAUACCUGCCUGACGACCAGCAUAGGCUGCUUCCGCUGAUGUUAGAAAUGAGAGGUUAUAAUACUCAUGUUGUUCUUAGUACGUACAUAGUCAUGGGGUAAAUUAUUUCGUUGUAGCUCGAAAGGCUCGUCUAAGCGCCUAAGCUUCUCGGCUUGCGACGAUCGAGAUCAGGGUCUUUCUUGUCUACCCUUUUCAGCUUGAGCGAAGUCAAAAGUAGUAGGAAAUCGUGUGUCAUAUUAUUUCAGUGGUAUUUAAUUAGUCUUAGUUAUUCCUCAUUCGUCUCCAGCUCAUACGACUACCAGGCAUCUCAUACACCAGACUACUAGGUUCGUUGGAGGCGCCUCAAAACUCGAAUUAUCGUUGGGCGACAAUGGAUGCUGGCGGAUCGUCGCAGGGUCGCAACCGUCGCUCGGCGAUUUUCCCGGUCGUGUUCGCCCUCGGGAUUGUCGCAUUGUCGUCGGUGCUCCUGUACCUGCAAGAGGCUGGCGCGCUGGGGAGGAGCCAGGGGAGCAACGCUGCUUGUGCGGUGUGGGAUGAUAAGGUGGUUCCGCUUCAGGAGCAAAUCGCGCAUCUGGACCAGCAGCUGGCGUCCCUCACGGAAAGCAUCAGGACUCACCAGCAGUCGUUGCUGGAAAGGGAGCAGCUACCGUCAGCUGCCACGGAUGCUGACGGGGCCGGGGCUGGCGCUGACGUGGCGUUUGGCGAUGCUGACCUGGCACGGCCGGCGCGGCGAGUGGCUCUCGACCUGGUUGAAAUGAUUGGCAAGACACACCUGGACGCCCCUCGCCUGAAGGAGCUGAUCGAGCCCAUGGCAAAGCGCGUGGGCAAGUGGGUGCAGGAUAAGGUGCAGGACGCAUGCCAGCCAUGCCGCCCCUGCAACUCCACCAUAGUGCUUGUGGGCAAGCCCUGUCGGCUUAACGCCUUCCCCACUGCAUGCCAAAGGAGGCUGUCCCCCGCUGAGGUGGACGAUGAGGAGGAUAUGGAAGGGCCGAGCGACGACAGGGUGGAGGGGGAAGUUGGGGAGGCGGGGGGAACAGGAAGAAGGAGUUUGGGGCCGGGUGAUGACAGGGUGGAGGGGGAAGGAGGAGGGGCAGGAGGAACGGGAAGGAGGAGUUUAUUCGGUUGGAGGGGGAAGGCCUUGGAAGGAUCGGAUGACGACAGGGUUGAUGCGAUGAGAGGAGGGGAAGCAAAAGGGGCGGGGAUAAACGAAGCGGAGAUGGAGGAAGGGACGAUGGAAGGAGGGGAGGUGGAAAGGGGGGAGGUGGAAACAGGGGAGGUGGAAACAGGGGAGGUGGAAACAGGGGAGGUGUAUGGAGGAGGCAGGGAGGAAGGGGAGGUGGAGGCGGGACGAGCAGGUGGUGGAGGAAGGUCGCUCUUGCAAUGGGGGGGUUGGGGUGGGAAGGGCAAAGGGGGCAAGGGGGAGGGCGAGCGAGAAGGGAGGAGUGUGUGCAAGAGGGUAUCUCCCUUGCACGCGAUCCUCGCAGCAGACUCCGCAGAUAGGAGGAAGCUGAUGAGGGAGCAGGAGGAGAGCAGCAGGAAGAGGCCGCUGUGCCGAGAUGGCACGAGUCCGGGGUACUGGAGGGACUACAGCACGUGGGAGCCGUACAACUGCCGAUACAGGGAGUACACGAAGCAGGAGGUGCGCAAGUGCCUGCGCCACAAGUGGGUGCACUUCUUUGGAGACUCCACCACCCGCCACCUGGCUGCAGAGUUCUCGCGCCUGGCAGGAGUGCAGCGCAGGGCGUGGGACUCGGACAAGAACAGGACCGCCCUCAUGGACACGGGCGAUGGGGACGACAACUCGCCCCUGCCCAGGAUUACCUACCUCUUCCGAGGGAAGAUGGCGCACCAGCGACACCCCAUCGCCGGCGUCCCCCCUGAAAGGGACCUGAACAACGAUUUCCUAGAGGCGUUCAGAGACCCCAGUGCGAAGCAGCCCGACACCAUGGUGAUGAGCAUAGGGGCGCACGAGGUGAUCGGGUGGACCAGGAGGCCCCCGCCCGACCUAGACCUGCGCACGUUCAAGCGCGACACGGAGGAGGCGAUCGCGCUACUGAAUGGCACGUUCACUAAGGGGAGGCUGGUGUGGUGGAAGGCACACUACAUAUGGCCAGGGAAGGUUCAAGGGCAAGACUACUUCACCGUGCGUACCUUCCACGAGCUCUACCAAGCGUAUGCAUAUAGGCGCAUGGCGCAGCAAGGCUACACUAUGAUGGAUCUCUACCAGACAACCAAGGACAGAUACGACCAAGUCUUUAGAGGGGAUGGCGCACACUACGUCGGCCUGUGCUUGAAGCUCCAUGUGCAGAUUCUAGCGAACACCCUCUGCAACCACUUGCACAAGUCAUGAUAUACUUAAGAAGACUCGUUUUGUAGACCACUUUGCUAGGUUAUAUCCUUGAUAUCUUAGGACACUAGUCACUUUGUAACGAGUACGGCAAUGCUUGGUCACC